CAAUAUUAGAUGAAGUUUGAACAUAAGAAGAAACUUUCUGUCCAUUUAGAUAUUUCAUAGCUAAAAUCUAAUUCUUAUUUAAACUAUCCACUUUCAACUAAAAGAAAGAUUGAUAAUCCUUAAUCGACAAGAAAAUUAGAUACUUCCCCUUUGAGUGUAAGUCCCAAUAAUUCAUUUUUAUCUUCUGAACGAAAAUUAUAACGAAAAUACCCAACAAAUAAUAGUAAAACUAAUUCCUUGAAAAGCAUGCUCUAACCCUAUAAAAUCAGGUCACCAUCAGACAAAGAAAAUUAUCACAGUUUUUUAAGCAAUAAAAGUCAAUUAAAUAAGUUACCUCUUUUAAGUGAAUAAUUUCUUAAGUUAUAUAAUUUAACAAGAAAUGAACAAAGUGAAUUGAAUGGAAUAAAAUAAGUAUAAAUUUAAUCAUUAUUUUAAGGUUUAUUAUUAUAAAUAACCGAAAUGUCUUAUUGACUAACCUAAUGGAGAUUAUUCAUAUAAUAUUAAAGAUCAUAUAAGAUAUUAAUAUGAGAUUAUUAGCUUAUUAGGAUAGGGCAGUUUUGGUUAAGUAUUUUAAGUUUUGGAUCAUAAAACUCAAUAAAUAUAUGCUUUAAAAGUAAUAAAAAACUAAGAAAAAUUAAAAAAACAAGCUAUUAUAGAGGCCAACAUACUUUAAUAUAUUAAAGAUCAUGAUAAUGAUCAACUUUCAAAUAUAGUUAGAAAUAUAGAACAAUUUACAUUUCGAGGACAUCAAUGUAUCGUUUUCGAGAAAUUAGAGUAAAAUUUAUUUGAAUUGAUAUAAAAAUAAAAAUACAAGGGAGUUGAUCAUGAAUUAGCUAGAAAGAUAGGAAUUUAACUUUUGAAUUCUUUAAAUUUUUUGAAUAAACAUAAGAUUAUACAUUGUGAUAUAAAACCUGAGAAUGUGAUGUUAUUAGAUAAUUCAAAAAGUGGAAUAAAAUUAGUUGAUUUUGGUUCUGGUUGUUUUGCUGGUUAAUAAAUCUAUACUUAUAUACAGAGUAGAUAUUAUAGAGCACCUGAAGUUAUAUUUGGAUUAAAAUAUGGUAUUGAAAUUGAUAUGUGGAGUUUUGCAUGUUUGAUAUCAGAAUUGUAUAUAGGAACUCCAAUUUUCCCAGGAGAUGAUGAAAUUGAAUAAAUAAAUUUGAUUAUUGAAAUCAUUGGAGCACCCUCUGUUGAUUUUGCCUUGAAAUGUCCAAGAAGAAAAUAUUUUUUUGAUGAAGAUGGACAUCCUAAAAAAAAUAUUAAAUCUUAUCGCAAACCAAAUUCAGUUAGUCUUUAUGAUAAAUUAAGAACCGAAGAUUCUGAUUUAGUUGAUUUUCUACUGAGAUGCUUUGCUUGGGAACCCUAGAAUCGUUUACAACCAUUAGAUGCACUUAAACAUCCAUGGAUUAUCGCUGGUCUCCCAAAAGAAAUAUAAAAAUAGCAUAAAAAAUAUAUAGAACUUGAAAAGCUGCUUCAAACAUAGAAAACACCAUUGGUUUAGUAAUUAUGUGAAUAAGGAUAUAAAUAAAAUAAAUCCAAAGAUCAUAAUUAAGAAGAUGCUAAUACUAAAACGAAAAAGUCAAUAAAAUCAAUUUUAAAUAUCAACACCAAUCUCAGUAAUACAUCUGAUCCAAAAUCUAGUAUUAAAUCAAUUUUAAUAUAGUAUUGAGUAGUCGCUAUCAUGAUAAGCCUUUAUAAUCUGAAAGGUAAAGAUAGAAUAUUGCUUCAUCUAUCUACAAAUUGUUAUCUGAUAAGCCAAAGAGUAGGAAGCCAUCUUGUAAUUGA